AUGCCAGGCGAGCAGGGACUGCCAGGAAAUCCGGGAGCGCCUGGACCUCAGGGGUUGCCAGGGCUAGCAGGGGAAGACGGUACUCCAGGCUCUCCUGGGAUACCUGGGCAACCUGGCGUAGAUGCCGAGUACUGCCCGUGCCCGAAACGGACAAAACCGUACUCCAAAAUUGAAACUACUACUUUGACUGGUAUUCCUCAAAAGGUUCCAGCUUUUAAACGGUCCUUCACUGGUCAAAGACGUCAAAGGAACUCAAAACGUUUCAACGCUCGAGUUUAUCAAAAGCCUCAGCAAAUUUAG